UUUCAAGCCGUACAAAGGAAGUCUUCUCCUUAUAGGUAUCUCUAUCUGUCUAUUUCUUCAUUGACUUUGAUUAUUGAAUUGAAUGAACAAAGAGACAGAGGCCACAAGGAAGACAUAUCUGAUGAAGCAAGACAUGGUUAUGGAGCCUCCACCCAACUUCUCCAUGGUCGAAGAUGCCAUAUACCGGUCGGGAUUCCCCCAGCCACCUAACUUCCCCUUCCUCGAGACCCUCCAACUCCGCUCGGUCAUUUAUUUGUGCUGCGAACCCUACCCCGAGGAGAAUCUCGAGUUCCUGAAAGCCCACAACAUUCAGCUCUUCCAGUUCAGCAUCAAAGGGAAGACGGAGGCUGCCAUAUCUAUCCCGCACGAAACUAUCAUGGAGGCUCUGAAAGUUUUGAUCGAUGUGAGGAAUCAUCCAGUUUUGAUCCACUGCAACGGCGGGAAGGCAUAUUCUUGUCCUGAAAAUAAUCCUCCAUACUGUGAUGUUUACGCAUCGGACGGGUUGCCUUGUUGGAUGCCUGAGGAAGCUGCAGAACUGGUGCCUGAGCUCGGCCGUGGAGGAGUACCAGAAGUACGCCGGCCGAAAGUCUCGAGCUACAGACAUGAGGUUCAUCGAGACGUUUGACCUGACAAGAGUGCAACAGUGCCUCCAGAGCAUCAUAUAUCGAUACCAUGGCUAUGGCGCGAAGAGGAGGCAGUUGCUCAACAGAGAUGAGGCUAUUAUACUAACACUCGAACCCAAAGUUGCUUAGGGAUAAGGAAAAGUGCCUAAUGCAAUGGAUUUCCGAGUUUCGACCGUACCGCAAACACUUUUAGUUUUGUAUUCCAAGCUGUACAGUCGUUCAUUUUCAUCUUGAACUCGACACUCGUGAUCAAGCAUAGAGGCAUGAUUAGGAAA